AUGACUUCCAACACUGAGAAUAACAAACUGGAAACUAUGCUUGUGCACAAAGCUACCCCGGAAUACUUACAGGAUCUUCUUAAAGACAAGAAACAGCUACAGAAUUUCCCGAAUAUUUUUCUACACUUGGAAAUAAUUCUAGAGAAAGAAAUUACUCGAGUUAGAGAGAAGUUAUUUCAUCUGAAUGAGUCUUACAAGAAAACAGAAAACGAGCUUCCAGAGCCCACCGGUACCAUCACAACACUACAGGAGAAAGUGUUUGUACCUGUAAAAGAGAAUCCUAAUGAGGACAUGAAUCGAGGCAAGCCGAAUUGGGAACAUUUGGACGAGGAUUUACACGUGUUGGUUAGUGUGGAAGAUUUUGAGAAUCGUGCGGCAAUCAAGCUGCGUCGGGCCACGGAAACAAUACGUGCAUUCCUGGAGCAAGGAGUUCGAACACCCAACGGUGAAGACGAAUUGAAACGACGUCAACUGAUGGAGCUGGCCAUUAUCAACGGCACGUAUCGUGCUGAGACACAGCCCACAGCCCACACGGACAAUCAUACAGUUCGCCCCACUUCUGAUCUGAUCCAUGCAAACUCUGUCGACUCAAGUACGGAUGGAUGGGGUUGUACGAGUCCAAACGAUUGCGGUUUCAUGGUUGAGCUGUGUUUGAAUCCGGGCUCAGGUGAUUUACGCCUGUCCACAUCCAAUGGUUCAGUUGCUCAUAAAGAUCGUCAACAAGCACAAGCAGCCCAUCAAGUCCAACAGCAUCAACAACUAGUGCUUCAACACCAAUCGUUAACCGUGCUCAACAAUCAGGCUGUGGCUGCGGCCGCGGCUGCUCAACUUCUCCAAUCCUCGCCUUAUCACACCUCACCCUUGCUAGGUCGACUCCCUGCCCAAGCAACCGGAGGUGCAAAUUUGGCCAACUACAUUCCUAGCUCGGUCCUACCCAAUGUCCUCUGUCCGCUGUCUAACAGUCCUUCCUUACCAAUGGGUCCUGGUGUCAAUCUGAGCGGUCAAGUAGGAUUGGGUCUGUCCUUGCCACAACUGCCUGGUUCCAGUGCCUCGGUAGCUGUACCCGGGCUGGGAUUCCCUAUGGGUCAAACGAAUUCCGUCUCACCCAAUCUGAUUAGUUGCACUCCCGGUCCGACGCAAGAUCAAUUGAAUGCUAUGGCCGCGCUGCUCACCUCGGGGGCCGCCAGCUCGGUGGCAUCCAAUGUGCAUCUGUCCAACGGAAAAUUGAGCUUACAGGGGACAGGCAAAACAAAUCAACUAUAUCCCAUGACUUCCUUGGCCUCACCUUUGGUUGAAGCCGUGAAUAUUUUGGAUUAUAAUACGGCCACAGGAGGAACAGCACAGGAUCAUGUAGCCGGUGGGUGA